CUAAGGUUGGAAAAACUCAAUGAUUAGAUACCCAAGUGCAAAAUCUCAACUUGUUCAAAAAAUGGAGGGAUUGGAGUAUUACAAGCCAUUGAUUGUUAUGUUGGUAUUGCAAUUUACAUAUGGAGCAGUUUCUAUAUCAACUAGAGCUUCUCUCUUGGAAGGAAUGAACCCCAGAGUUUUUGUUGUCUAUAGACAAGCCAUUGCCACUUUAGUCAUUUCUCCUAUCGCUUAUUUUUCAAGGAGAAAAACAAAAUGUUCUAUCGGAUGGAAGAGCUUUGGGUUGAUCUUUCUUGCAGCUUUGAUAGGAAUAACAACCAGCCAGAUAAUAUUUUUAGAAGGCUUGUAUUUGGCAUCAGCAUCAGCUGGAAGUGCCAUGUUCAAUCUAGUCCCUGCCAUCACCUUUGUUGUUGCCUCAAUUGUUGGGUACGAGCCAAUAAAUAUUCGAAGCUUUAGAACCAUAGCAAAAAUACUAGGGACAGUAGUUUGUGUCACAAGUGCUGGUGCAAUGGCCCUGAUCAAAGGCCCCAAGCUUGUAAAUGCACCCUUGCCUCCAUCGAAUUCUCUGUUGUUGUUAAUUUCAUCUGAAAGUGAUGAUACUCUUUGGCUUCUGGGUUGUUUAUGUCUCUUUGGCAGCAGUUGUUGCUGGUCCUUUUGGCUAAUUAUUCAGGUACCAGUGACAAGAAAUUACCCGGACCACCUAUCUUUAUCGGCUUGGAUGUGUUUUAUUGCGACGGUGCAAUCUGGUACGGUUGUAUGUUUUUCGGAUCCACACUUGGAAGCUUGGAAAGUUGGUUCUUAUUUGCAACUUGGAUCUUUGUUAUAUGCGGGUAUUGUUGGUUCCGGAAUAUCUGUAUUUGCGCAAUCAUGGAUUAUCCAAAAGAGAGGCCCUGUGUUUUCAGCAAUGUUUAAUCCCUUAAACACAGUUAUUGUGACAAUUAUGGCUUCUAUAUUUCUACAUGAACAAAUAUACGUUGGAAGUGUAGUAGGUGCAGUUGGUAUUGUGAGCGGGUUGUAUGUGGUACUUUGGGGUAAAGCCAAAGAUCUUGAAGAGCUAAAGGAAGAACACGCGAAGAAGACGACGUUAAUAUUGCAAGAAAAUCAUAUCAAGACAAUUCAAGUUUUGGUUGAUGAAUCUAAUAUCAAGGCACCUCUUUUGCUCAAACAAACGAACAACGUAUAAUCUAGUGAUCAAUGAUGUUAAAUUGUUAAUUGUGAAAUGCAUAAAGUAUGAUAUAGUAGUCUAAUUGUACGUUAUUAAUAAAUGAUUCAUAGUGAAAAUUUUGUAAGUAGAGUACUGGUCAAUGUUCUGUUGUCCAAUGAAUUACAACAACUAAUGUUUUGUAAAAGAAGCUCAUGUUCAAUUAA